AUGAAGACAGCCGCCGGACUCAUUGCGGCCUUUUCCUCGGUCGCGGCCCACGGGCUCCGGACCCGGGACGGCGCCGGCCCUACUUCCCCGGGCAAGUGGCGCCUCUCACCCCUCGACGGCUCCACGAUUGCGCUGCCGACCCGAGCGCAGCUCGCCUUCCAGGACCGCGAGAUGGGCUGCCUGGUUCACUUCAACAUGGCCACCUACAUCGCCGCCGACGGCUGCAACGGGGACCCGGCGCUGGUGCCCCCGCGCGCGCUCUUCGACCCGGCGCAGCUCGACACGGACCAGUGGAUGGAGGCCGUCCAGAGCCUGGGCGGCCGGUACGCCACGCUCGUCGCCAACCACAACUGCGGCUUCGCCACCUGGCCCACGCAGGUCCGCUUCAAGGACCUGGCGGGCGACACGGUGGCGUACAACUACACGGUGGCCCAGUCGCCGGUCAACGGCAGGGACGUGGUUGGCGAGUUUGUCCGGUCGGCGAGCAAGUACGGCUUGGGCCACGGGUUUUAUUAUAGUGUCGUGGUCAACAAUUAUCUCAAUGUGCAGGCCUCGCGUGUUCGCGACGUCGCGCCCGCGCCGGGUCAGGUCGGCAUCACCACCGACGUGUACAACGAGAUUGUCUUUGAGCAGCUGGAGGAGCUAUGGGGGAGAUACGGCAACCUGACCGAGAUUUGGUUCGAUGGCGGCUACAGCGGUGAUCAGAAAGAUCGCAUUCAGACUCUUCUGCAAAAGACCCAGCCCAAUGCUGUCAUCUUCAACGGCUGCCAAGACGACGCCACCUGUGUUUCAGACAAAUCUAUCCGCUGGAUCGGCAACGAGCUAGGCCACGCCGAGGAGGAGAACUGGUCCACCGGCCUCCUCAAGUCAGGAAGCCCCGACAGCCCGUACUUCACGCCGGCGGAGUGCGACACCACGCUGCAGGCGGGCGGCCGCUGGUUCUUUGGCGUCGACGCGCCGCUGCGCUCGCUCGAGGCGCUCAUCAGGGUGUACCACGAGACGGUCGGCCGCAACUGCGUGCUCGCCCUGGACCUGUCGCCCGACCGCCGGGGACUGGUGCCGGCCGCCCACGUCGCGCGGUACAGGGCGCUCGGCGACUUUGUCCGGCGGUGCUACGACCACCCCGUGCGGCCGUCGGGCGGCGCGGCCGGCGGCGACGGCAGCUACACGCUCGUGUUUGACGAGCCUGUGGAGAUUGACCGCGUCGUGCUCAUGGAGGACCAGACGGACGGCCAGGUGAUACGGACCUACCGCGUCUGGGGCAGGCAGAGCACGGGCGCGGACUGGGGUCUGUUGUCCAAGGGCACGAGCGUUGGCCAUAAAAAGAUUGAUCUGUUCCCGAAGAUGGUGACUGUGACCGAGGUCAUGGUUAAUUCGACAUUUGUCGACACACCAAAGUGGCGCUCCGUCACUGUGCACAAGUGCUCGUAA